CACUGCUCCACAAUCAGUAACUUAUCGAGUUUGAAGCGUGUUUGGAAGCUUCAGUGUCUGAGAAAGAAGCCGAAGGCGGAUUUUAAGUGAAACCUAAAAGUUGUAUCAGGCGAAGAUCACCUGAUUCCAGCAAAUAUGGAAGGAAAACUCACUUGUGACCAGUGUGGGAAAACUUACAUGCACAUGCAUCACUUCAAGACACACCUACACAACCACAGUGAAGAAACACCAUAUGAGUGUGACCAGUGUGGGAAGACUGUCACCCAAGCGUCUACCCUUAGGACACACCUACGCAUCCACAGCAGAGAAAGACCAUAUUCAUGUGAGGAGUGUGGAAAGGCUUUCAUCAGAAAGGAGGUGCUUAAAAUCCACCAACGCAUCCACACUGGCGAAAGACCACAUGGCUGUGACCAGUGUGGUAAGACCUUCAUCCAAGCAUCUACCCUUAGGACACACCUACGUAUCCACAGUGGUGGAAGACCAUAUGAGUGUGAGCAGUGUGGGAAGACUUUCACUCGAAAGGGUAACCUCAAGACACAUAUGUAUGUCCAUGGUGGAGAAAGACUAUAUGAGUGUGAGCAGUGUGGGAAGACUUGCAUGAGAAAGAGUGACCUUAAAAUCCACCAACGCAUCCACACUGGAGAAAGACCAUAUGACUGUGACCAGUGUGAAAAGGCUUUCAUCACAAAGGUGGAGCUUAAAGUCCACCAACGCACCCACAGCGGAGAAAGACCAUAUGAGUGUGAGGAGUGUGGGAGGACUUUCACCCAAAUGUCUGUCCUUAAGUCACAUCUACGUAUCCACAGUGGAGAAAGACCAUAUGACUGUGAAGAGUGUGGGAAGACUUUCACCUUUAUGAGUAAUCUUAAGUCACAUAUACGCGUCCACAGUGGACAAAGACCAUAUCAUUGUGAACAGUGUGGGAAGAAUUUCACCCAGAUGAGUGGGCUUAAGGCACACCUACGUGUCCACAGUGGAGAAAGACCAUAUUACUGUGAAAAGUGCGGGAAAUCUUUCACCCACAUGAAUUCACUUAAGGCACACCUACGCAUCCACAGUGGGGAAAGACCAUAUCACUGUGAACAGUGUGGGAAAACUUUCACUAGCAUGAGUAGCCAUAAGACACACAUGCGCAUCCACACUGGACAAAGACCAUAUUACUGUGAACAGUGUGGGAAAACUUUCACCCGCAUGAGUAACCAUAAGACACACAUAUGCAUCCACAGUGGACAAAGACCAUAUCACUGUGACCAGUGAGGGGAAACUUACACCCAUAUGAAUGGGCUUAAGGCACACCUACGCAUCCACAGAGGAGAAACACACUGAAACAGUUUGAGUGUUACCAAUGUGAGCAAAGAUUCUUGUCACACUCUGCUGUCUCCUACCAUCAACACAGAUGUGAAUCAUCGUCUGGACCAAACAGUACCUCAGCAUCAGAUGACAACAAGAAAUGCAGUGUCUGAACCAGCAGCACCAACUUCUUCUGACAAGAACAUCAAACUUAAAAACCUCCAGAUCUGGCUCCAUAGAGUCCAAAUGUAAGGCACACCUAUGCACCCACAGAGGAGAAAAACCAUAUCACUGACUGGUGUGGGAAGGCAUUCAGAGCCUUGUCUGCAUGAUGUUCUCACUCUCAUGUUCACCACAAGAAACUGAUGUACCCAUGUGAUAAGUGCAUGAAGAUACUCUGGUCGUCCAACUUUUACAAGUGUCACCAACAGACUCAUACUGGAGAGAAACCUUACCAGUGCAUAUUUUGUGACAGAUCUUUUAUCACAGGUUCACAGUGUACCAAAGAAGAAUGUGCCAAAACUUUCUACAAAGGACAAAAACUGAACAUACUGCUACUUAUUGACUUUGUGGACAUUUAAUCAGUCACUUGUUGUGAUUCUGUUGCUGGUUGGGGUUCUCACCUGUUCAUUGUUCACAAAUGAAACCAGCUACUCCUGUAACAAUUUUCCACAAUUGUUCUCUGCCGUUUAAGUUCAAGAAAGGCAACACCGCCACAGUUAUAAAAUGAGAGAAAGCAAAGUAUUGCAGACUGCCUGAAUGCCUAAGUAGUGCGCAAAUACACAUUCACUGCUGCGCUUCAACCACAAUUACAAUACAAAUAAUUCAUUAACAUCUGCAAAAACAUAGUUGUACUCCAACUAUGGAUCUGUUGAAAUUGUCAGUGAAACUGACUGCAGAUGUGAGUGAAAUUGCAUAAAUGUAAUUCCAUCAAACUGAAUAACUGUUUGGUAAAUAGAUGAGCUCACUGACUUCACUGAAUUUCCAUUUGGGGUCAAUAAAGUUAAUCUUAUCUUAUCUCCUCAUGAUUCCUGAGGAUCAUGCAUUCAUGGAAUGACCAACACAGCUAAACGUUUUGGUAAUGCCUAGGGAUUGACUGAUAUGGUUUUUUCAGGGCUGAUACUGACUAUUAGUGGGCAAGGAGGCCGAUAACCAAUAUUUGGAGCUGAUAUUCAUUUGCAGUAAAAGUGAAAAUAUUGACGUCAAAAUUUUGAAUAAUACAAACUCCAACACUUAACUUUGUUUGAAAUUUAAAUGCCUUUAAGCAUAUGUUUAUUAAACAGCUUUUCAGAUUUGCAACAUGUUAAAGGUUUUUUUUUGUCUUAGACAAUAGACAUCUGUUUAAAAAUUCUAACAAAAAGUGCAGGGAGUUCCCAGGUUCAGCGGCAUCUUAUAAAGUUAAAUGUCAAAUUUAAAUAAAUAAAUAGCUUCCUGAAGUUUUAGAAAGUAAAUAAAACAAAAUUAAAUAAAACAUGUACAUUGUAUUUUGUUUUCUAUAUAGCAGCUUGAAAGAACACAUACUGAAGGAGUGAACUCGCCCAAAAUCUCCAAAUUGACCAGUGCAUGAAAAACUGAUGUUUUAGCCUGCCGUGUCUCACCUUAAACCACCAUUAUUGCCUUACAGUUUUCUCUCAGAAGCUGCGUUCACCUUCUAUGUUCCACGUCUGGAACAAACUUCCAGAAAACCUCAGAUCAGCUGAAACACUGAGUUGAUUCAAAUCCAGUUUAAAGACCGACCUGUUCUCAGCUGCAUUUAAGUAAAGUUUAUAUUCUUUUAAACUUAAAGUUUUUAUCUGUUUGAUCUAUUUAUCUGAUUUUGUUGUUGUUUUUUUGUUUGUUUUUCUCAUGUCUAUAUUUUUUAUUGCCUCCCUGCUUUAAUGCUUUUAAUGUUUUAUGUAAAGCACUUUGAAUUGUCUUGUACAUGAAAUG